CCUCCUGCAGCAAACUUUGCUUGGUGCUGAAUAUUGAUGAGUGAGAUCGGCUUGGCCAGGAGGUGCUGCCGGCGCUGUGGGAAGGAGCGCGGCCCGGGCAGGCGGCGGCGGCGUCGGCAGCAGCCAUGUUUGUCAAGCUGUAGCAGCUGCUGCUGCCCUGACUCGGCUUCUCUGGCUGCCUCCGUUUCUCCCCCUGCCGCGUUCCAGCCUCUGGGCCCUGCAGCCGUGGACCGAGCAGGCCUGCAGUCAGAAAGGUUGAUGCUGGCCCAGGAUGGAUCAGACCUGUGAACUACCUAGAAGAAAUUGUCUGCUGCCCUUUUCCAAUCCAGUGAAUUUAGAUGCCCCUGAAGACAAGGACAGCCCUUUCGGUAAUGGUCAAUCCAAUUUUUCUGAGCCACUUAAUGGGUGUACUAUGCAGUUAUCGACUGCCAGUGGAACAUCCCAAAAUGCUUAUGGACAAGAUUCUCCAUCUUGUUACAUUCCACUGCGGAGACUACAGGAUUUGGCCUCCAUGAUCAAUGUAGAGUAUUUAAAUGGGUCUGCUGAUGGAUCAGAAUCCUUUCAAGACCCUGAAAAAAGUGAUUCAAGAGCUCAGUCGCCAAUUGUUUGCACUUCCUUGAGUCCUGGUGGUCCAACAGCACUUGCUAUGAAACAGGAACCCUCUUGUAAUAACUCCCCUGAACUCCAGGUAAAAGUAACAAAGACUAUCAAGAAUGGCUUUCUGCACUUUGAGAAUUUUACUUGUGUGGACGAUGCAGAUGUAGAUUCUGAAAUGGACCCAGAACAGCCAGUCACAGAGGAUGAGAGUAUAGAGGAGAUCUUUGAGGAAACUCAGACCAAUGCCACCUGCAAUUAUGAGCCUAAAUCAGAGAAUGGUGUAGACGUGGCCAUGGGAAAUGAACAAGACAGCACACCAGACAGUAGACACGGUGCAGUCAAAUCGCCAUUCUUGCCAUUAGCUCCUCAAACUGAAACACAGAAAAAUAAGCAAAGAAAUGAAGUGGACGGCAGCAAUGAAAAAGCAGCCCUUCUCCCAGCCCCCCUUUCACUAGGAGAUACAACCAUUACCAUAGAAGAGCAAUUAAACUCAAUAAAUUUAUCUUUUCAGGAUGAUCCAGACUCCAGUACCAGUACAUUAGGAAACAUGCUAGAAUUACCUGGAACUUCAUCAUCAUCUACUUCACAGGAAUUGCCAUUUUGUCAGCCCAAGAAAAAGGCUACGCCACUGAAGUAUGAAGUUGGAGAUCUCAUCUGGGCAAAAUUCAAGAGACGCCCUUGGUGGCCCUGCAGGAUUUGUUCUGAUCCGUUGAUUAACACACACUCAAAAAUGAAAGUUUCUAACCGGAGGCCCUAUCGACAGUACUACGUGGAGGCUUUUGGAGAUCCUUCUGAGAGAGCCUGGGUGGCUGGAAAAGCAAUCGUCAUGUUUGAAGGCAGACAUCAAUUUGAAGAGCUCCCUGUCCUUAGGAGAAGAGGGAAGCAGAAAGAAAAAGGAUAUAGGCAUAAGGUUCCUCAGAAAAUUUUGAGUAAAUGGGAAGCCAGUGUUGGUCUUGCUGAGCAGUAUGAUGUUCCCAAAGGGUCGAAGAACCGAAAAUGUGUCACCAGUUCACUCAAGUUGGACAGUGAGGAGGAUAUGCCGUUUGAGGACUGUACAAAUGACCCUGAAUCAGAACAUGACCUGUUGCUUAAUGGCUGCUUGAAAUCUCUGGCUUUUGACUCUGAACAUUCUGCAGAUGAGAAGGAAAAACCUUGUGCUAAGUCUCUAGCCAGAAAGAGCUCUGAUAAUCCAAAAAGGACUAGUGUGAAAAAGGGCCACAUGCAAUUUGAAGCACAUAAGGAAGAACGGAGGGGAAAGAUUCCAGAGAACCUUGGCCUGAACUUUAUUUCUGGGGAUGUAUCUGAUAAGCAGGCCUCUAAUGAACUUUCCCGGAUAGCAAACAGCCUCACAGGGCCCAGCUCUGCCCCAGGAAGUUUCCUAUUUUCUUCUUGUGCAAAAAACACUGCAAAGAAAGAAUUUGAGACUUCAAAUUGUGACUCUUUACUGGGCUUGUCUGAGGGUGCCUUGCUCUCCAAACGUUCUGGGGAGAAGAAGAAACUCCAGCGAGGUCUGGUGUGUAGUUCAAAAGUGCAGCUCUGCUAUAUUGGAGCAGGUGAUGAAGAAAAGCGAAGUGAUUCCAUUAGUAUCUGUACCACUUCUGAUGAUGAUGGAAGCAGUGAUCUGGAUCCCAUAGAUCAUAGUUCAGAGUCUGAUAACAGUGUCCUUGAAAUUGCAGAUGCUUUCGAUAGAACAGAGAACAUGUUACCUGUGCAGAAAAAUGAAAAGGUAAAGUAUUCUAGGUAUCCUGCCACAAACACUAAGGUAAAAGCAAAGCAGAAGACCCUCAUUACUAAUUCACACACAGACCACUUGAUGGAUUGUACCAAGACAGUAGAGCCUGGAACUGAGACGUCUCAGGUUAAUCUCUCUGAUCUUAAAGUGUCAACUCUUGUCCGAAAACCCCAGUCAGAUUUUAGAAAUGAUGGUCUUUCUCCAAAAUUUAACACACCAUCGAGCAUUUCCAGUGAGAACUCAAUAAUAAAAGGUGGGGCUACAAAUCAAGCUCUGUUACAUUCGAAAAGCAAACAGCCCAAGAUCCGAAGUAUCAAGUGCAAACAUAAAGAAAACCCAGUUGUAGUAGAACCGCCUGUUGCAGAUGAGGACUGCAGUUUGAAAUGCUGCUCUUCUGAUACCAAAGGCUCUCCUUUGGCCAGCAUUUCCAAAAGUGGGAAAGUGGAUGGGCUAAAACUACUGAGCAACAUGCAUGAGAAAACCAGGGAUUCGAGUGACAUAGAAACAGCAGUGGUGAAACACGUUCUGUCAGAGUUGAAAGAACUAUCUUAUAGAUCCUUAAGUGAAGAUGUCAGUGACUCCGGAAUGUCAAAGCCAUCAAAACCAUUACUUUUUUCUUCUGCCUCUGGUCAGAAUCAUAUACCUAUUGAACCAGACUACAAAUUCAGUACAUUACUAAUGAUGUUGAAAGAUAUGCAUGAUAGUAAGACCAAGGAGCAACGGUUAAUGACUGCUCAGAACUUGGUCUCUUAUCGGAGUCCUGGUCUUGGGGACUGUUCUACCAGUAGUCCUGUGGGGGCUUCUAAGGUCUUGGUUUCAGGAGGCUCCACUCACAGUUCAGAAAAAAAUGGAGACGGCACUCAGGAUCCAGUCCGUCCUAGCCCUAGUGGGGGUGACUCUGCACUGUCUGGGGAGCUAUCUACCUCCCUACCUGGCUUGGUGUCCGAUAAAAGAGACCUCCCUGCUUCUGGCAAAAAUCGUUCAAACUGUGUUACUAGGCGCAACUGUGGUCGAUCAAAGCCAUCCAAAUUACGAGAUGGUUUUUCAACCCAGAUGGGAAAGAACACAGUGAACCGUAAAGCCUUAAAGACAGAGCGCAAAAGAAAACUGAACCAGCUUCCAGCUGUGACUCUUGAGGCUGCACUGCAGGGAGACAGAGAGGGUAGGGGUUCAGAGAAUAGCUCCUCCAGAGGUGAGGCAGAAGACCCUGGUAAAGAAGAACCCCUUCAAUUAAUGGGCCAUUUAACAAGUGAAGAUGGUACCCAUUUUUCCAGUCUUAAUUUUGAUAAUAAAGUCAACCAGUCUGACCCUGAUAAAGUUCCUGAAAAAGACCCCUCUUUUGAAAACAGAAAAGGGACAGAGCUGGAGUCUGAAAUGAUUAGUGAGAAUGAUGAACCCACUAGUGUAAAUCAAGUGGUGCCUAAAAAGCGGUGGCAGCGUUUAAACCAAAGGCGCACUAAACCUCGUAAGCGCACUAACAGAUUUAGGGAGAAAGAAAACUCUGAGGGUGCCUUUGGGGUCUUGCUUCCUGCUGACCCUGUAAAGAAGGGAGAUGAGUUCCCAGAACAGAGACCUCCUCCUUCGACGAACAUACUAGAGGAUGCACUGACAGAUCCAAAUCAUGCCGACUGCUUAGAUUCAGCUGGGCCACGGUUGAAAGUUUGUGAUAAAUCCAGUGCCAGCAAUGAAGAGGUGGAAAAGGAGCCAGGAAUUCCCAGUUUGACCCCUCAGCCUGAGCUCCCUGAACCAGCUGUGCGGUCAGAGAAGAAACGCCUUAGGAAGCCAAGCAAGUGGCUUCUGGAAUAUACAGAAGAAUAUGAUCAGAUAUUUGCUCCUAAGAAAAAACAAAAGAAGGUACAGGAACAGGUGCACAAGGUAAGUUCCCGCCGUGAAGAGGAAAGCCUUUUAGCCCGGUGUCGAUCUAGUGCUCAGAACAAACAGGUGGAUGAGAAUUCUUUGAUUUCAACCAAAGAAGAGCCUCCAGUUCUUGAAAGGGAGGCUCCGUUUUUGGAAGGGCCCUUGGCUCAGUCAGAACUUGGAGGUGGACAUGCUGAGUUGCCACAGCUGACCUUGUCUGUGCCUGUGGCUCCGGAAGUCUCUCCACGGCCUGCCCUUGUUGAGUCUGAGGAAUUGCUAGUUAAAACACCAGGAAAUUAUGAAAGUAAGCGUCAGAGAAAACCAACUAAGAAACUUCUUGAAUCCAAUGAUUUAGACCCUGGAUUUAUGCCCAAGAAAGGGGAACUUGGCCUUACUAAAAAGUGUUAUGAAGCUGGUCACUUGGAGAAUGACAUUACUGAAUCAUGUGCUGCAUCUCGUUCUAAAGAGUUUGGUGGAGGCACCACCAAGCUGUUUGAUAAACCAAGGAAGCGAAAACGACAGAGACAUGCUACAGCCAAGGUGCAUUGUAAAAAAGUGAAAAAUGACAACUCAUCAAAAGAAACUCCAAGCUCCGAGGGAGAACUGAUGACACACAGGACAGCUGCAAGCCCCAAGGAGACCGUUGAGGAGGGUGUAGAAAAUGACCACGGAAUGCCUGUAUCUAAAAAACUGCAGGGUGAACGAGGAGGAGGAGCUGCACUCAAGGAGAAUGUUUGUCAGAACUGUGAGAAACUGGGUGAGCUGCUAUUAUGUGAGGCUCAGUGCUGUGGGGCUUUCCACCUGGAGUGCCUUGGAUUAACUGAAAUGCCCAGAGGAAAAUUUAUCUGCAAUGAAUGUCGCACAGGAAUACAUACCUGUUUUGUAUGCAAGCAGAGUGGGGAAGAUGUUAAAAGGUGCCUUCUGCCCUUAUGUGGAAAGUUUUACCAUGAAGAGUGUGUCCAGAAAUAUCCACCCACUGUCUUGCAGAACAAGGGCUUCCGGUGUUCCCUCCACAUAUGUAUAACCUGCCAUGCUGCUAAUCCAGCCAGUGUUUCUGCAUCUAAAGGUCGACUGAUGCGCUGUGUCCGCUGCCCAGUGGCAUACCAUGCCAAUGACUUUUGCCUGGCUGCUGGGUCAAAGAUCCUUGCAUCCAAUAGCAUCAUCUGCCCUAAUCACUUUACCCCCAGACGUGGCUGCCGAAAUCAUGAGCAUGUUAAUGUUAGCUGGUGUUUUGUAUGCUCAGAAGGAGGCAGCCUUCUGUGCUGUGAUUCUUGCCCUGCUGCUUUUCAUCGUGAAUGCCUGAACAUUGAUAUCCCUGAAGGAAACUGGUAUUGCAAUGACUGUAAGGCAGGCAAAAAGCCACAUUACAGGGAAAUUGUCUGGGUAAAAGUUGGACGAUACAGGUGGUGGCCAGCUGAGAUCUGCCAUCCUCGAGCUGUACCUUCCAAUAUUGACAAGAUGAGACAUGAUGUGGGCGAGUUCCCUGUGCUCUUCUUUGGGUCUAAUGACUAUCUGUGGACUCACCAGGCCCGAGUCUUUCCCUACAUGGAGGGGGAUGUGAGCAGCAAGGAUAAGAUGGGCAAAGGAGUGGACGGUACAUAUAAAAAAGCUCUUCAGGAAGCUGCAGCAAGGUUUGAGGAGUUAAAGGCCCAAAAAGAGCUAAGACAGCUGCAGGAAGAUCGAAAGAAUGACAAGAAGCCACCGCCUUAUAAACAUAUAAAGGUGAGAAAAGACCUCAGGAGAGACCCUGUAAUAGCUUGCCUGCUUCCCACUCUGUUCAUGAGGAGAACUGGAAGCACAAGCACAGUUGCUUUUAGGUAGAGGUAUGAGCUUGAAAGAAAAUAAGAAAAAAGUGCCAGAGCACCAUUUCUAGCACAUUGUGUGCACUUUGUAAAAUUAGUUGUGUGUUGAUACAGUGUUGUUCCUGUUGCUUUCGAAAGUCUUCUCAUAAAGUGGAUUGGAAUAGAUUCUGUUCACAGUCAACACCUUGUGGUUUGAAAGGGAAAAAAGAGCCUUGAUAA